AUGGUCAAAGUUAGUAUUCGAGGUGCAUUUGAGACCAAAUAUAAGGAGGAGCAACUGCUGGGUGCAGGAGGCUUUGGGUAGGUCUGUGCAGGCUACCGCAGACACGACAACCUGCCUGAUUGCCUGAUCCCUCUGGAAGUGGCACUGCUGCUCAAAGUCAAACCGGCAGCAGGAGAGACCAGUGCAGCUGUGGCCAUGCUGGACUGGUACGAUCUAGACUUUGAACUGAUUCAUGUACUAGAGAGACCAGUCCCUUGCUCGGACCUGAUAGAUUACAUCAACACUAAAGGAGCUUGCUUGCAGGAAUACAAGAACAUUGCCAAACAGCUGGUGGAUGCUCUCAUUGAGGUCCACUCCAAAGGUGUAUUCCACAGGGACAUUAAGCUGGACAACAUUCUCAUCGAAACCAGCUCUGAUGUUUCACGUGUCCGGCUUAUUGAUUUUGGCUGUGGCACGUUUCUGUCAGAGGGAAGAUACAGUACUAAACAAGGCACCUAUCAGUACACCAGCCCUGAGUGGUUCCAGUGUGGGUGGUACAGGGCUGAACCCGCUACAGUUUGGCAGCUUGGUGUAGUACUGUUUGCACUGCUGCAUAGAUGUCUCCCUUUCAGAGGUGGAACUGAGAUCAUCCAUAGAUACCCCAACAUCAGAGAUAAUCUUUCUUUCCACUGCCGGGGUUUUAUACUGAACUGUCUGAUCAAGAGCCCAGAAGCGCGACCCACCCUGGAGACACUGUAA